AUGGCCUUCUUUCUCAAGGCCCUUGGCCUGUCUGACAGCAUCCCGGGCUUCCCCUUCACCCCUGCCACCAACGACCCUGGCUGUACCGUGUACACCUCGCCACGAAUGUGCUGGACGCUGCGACCCGGCACACAGAGCGACGAUGCGCAGGCGAGGGUGUCCAUCUUUACCUGCUCUGUUUCUGCGGCGGUCACGGCAGGCAGCAGCGGUGACCGCGAGCUGAUCAGGCAGCUGGCCCGAAACACCAUGCGCCGCGCAAAGAGUCUUAUGAUCCCGGGGUUUCUCAAGUGCCACGGCGCGGUGGAGCACAGCGACACGAUAUACGUAGCCACGGAGCCGUGUGUGGCGCUGAAGGACGUUUUGGAGAGUCUAGAGUUGCGACGGCACUACUGCGGAGAGACGGAGGAGGAGUACGCCGCCUCCGUCGCGUACGGCCUGGACACAGUGGGCGGCGCACUGGCGGCGCUUCAAUCAAACAGGCUGGUGCAUGGCAACGUCCACUGCGGGUCGAUCUUUAUCUCCGCUGUGUCGGGGUUCUGGCGGCUGUUCGGCCUGGAGUUCAUAUCCGCGAUGGACGAGGUGGUGAGUGGUACCCCCGGCUGCCUCUUCGAAUCCGCGCGACGCGCUGGAAUGGUUGUUGGGUAUCGCUGCCCGCCGGAGCUGGGUAGCAGCAGCAGCGGCGGCGACGUCGGUAGUGGGGAUCCUGUGGUGGCCGUGGACGCAUGGGGCGUAGGCUGCUUGCUGUACGAGACGGUGGGGGUGACAGCCGAGGAGGCGAUCAACGGGAGGCUGAACUCAGUGGCUCACAACCUUAGUGCAGCGGAGCUGCGGAACGUAUGCCGUCAGAGCCUGCCGAAGUCGCUGCACCAGGGCUGCAGCCACCUUACAGCGACGAACCCGCGCAUGCGCAAGUCCAUUGCGGCCUUCUUAGAGAACUGCGAGUUUGUACAGAAGAGCGCCUUUGUACAGUACAUGAAGGCGCUUUCUGGGCUGCUGCUGAUGGAUCUGUCGCAGCAGAUGCGGGUGGUCGAGUCGCUGGCUGAGCCGGUGGAAAAGUUUCCACUGCGCGCGUGUCUCUGCUUCAUUCUGCCGCGGCUCGGCGAGCUUGUUCGCACUGCUGCAAAGGCCGGUGGCAGCUCGGGGGCGAUGGGGGUGUCGAUUGGGCCGUUGGCCGACCCCGUGCUGAAGAUCUCGGAGCGCACCGCAGCGGGCGACGACUUUGAUACAUAUGUCACGCCAGUGCUUGUGCAGCUUUACCAGUCGGCCGAUGUGCUGCUGCGCUACAAGCUGCUCCUCGGCGUCGAGACCUACAGCGCGAAGCUGUCGCCCGCAGCGCUGAACAACGCUAUCUGGCCGCUCUACGCCAAGGGGUUCGCGUACUCGGUGCCCAGUGUGCGGGAGUACAGUGCGCGCGCACUGGUGCACCUCGCUCCGCACAUGUCGGAGAGCAUCCUUGGCGACCAGGUGCCGAAGGCCCUGGCGCAGUUGCAGCGCGACGUCGACGGGGCGCUGCGCGCCAACGCCACCAUCGCCCUCAACCUCAUCUCCGAGCACAUUACACCCCCGUCUCAGCGGGCGAUGGUGAUGCUGAUGUACUGCCGCCCGAUGCUCCGGGACGCCUUCGAACCGUCACGCGUGGCGGCGCUGCGGUCGCUGCACGGGUCGCUCGAGUGUUUGUCAGCCAAGCAGCUCGCCGAGUCGGUGCUUCCAGCCAUAUCGCCGCUGACCGUCGACCCAACGUCCGCAGAGAGUCGCACAGCUGCGUUGUCGCUCCUGAAGGCGUCCAUGGCGAGGUUGGAGGCUCACCACACGCAGCUCUCCGCGCAGCAGGUGACUGUCGCUGCUGGCGACUCCGUCGCUGCUAACGGAGGCACGGACGCCUCGUCAACAAGCACUCCUGUCCCCGCCGCUGUGCCGGCUGGAACUGCAUCAAGAGGUUGGAGUCUGCUGGAGGGCUUCAGCCGAGCUUCGGCAUUGUCUACUGCCGGUACUGCGCCGCAGCACGUCGAUUCUGUCUCGGCGCCCGUGUCGUCAAAAGUUUUUACUCCACUGCACCCGACCCCGGCAGCCACCGUGCUGCCGACACCGGUGGUCGGUGUGGCUUCUUCCAUGGGGGGCGGGGGUAGUGGCUGGAGCGACGACGAUGAAGCUGUGGCGGCGAGUGAGGACGACGGCGGGGGCAGGCCCCACGCGUUCCGUGAGGGUUCGCAAUUUGCCAAGUCUGCGGCGCCACCGCUGAGCGCACCGACAGCGCCCUUCUUUCCCGGCACGAAGUCAGCGCCUACUGCUGCAUCUUACGCUGCCUCCCCGGUGAGUACUGCCGGCGGCGCACACGGGUCUGCAUCAUCUCUCACGGGGCUCGCAUCCUCGCCGCCGUUGCAGGGUGACCUGACAAUGCCGAGCGCCAACAGAGUGUCAAGCCGACCCGGCAUCAGUAGCCCAGUCGGCAGCACCGAUUCUGUCACUGCGAGUGCGUCUAGCGGGCCGAUGAAGCUGCGCAGGAAGGGCGGGCUUGGGGCGGCGCGACUGGAUUGA